AUGAAUUCUGAAGAUUGUUCCAUAACAGAGAACAGCUCCUUGCGUCCAGAGGGUGCACAACAAAGUAAUGCUGCCAGCCCUCAUUUUGCAAUGCAGCAUGAAGGGUCCCUUCAAGUUCCUAUCCCAUGUGCUGUCGUGAAUGUGGUCCUCAUCACUGUUUUAAUCAUAGCUCUCAUCGCUAUAUCAGUGGGCCAAUACAAUUGUCCAGGCCAAUAUAUGUCCCCAUUGCCAUCAAAUAGCCAUGUUUCUUCAUGCUCCGAUGAUUGGAUUGGAUACCAGAAGAAAUGCUAUUUUAUUUCCACUGAAAAGAGGGGUUGGACGCUGGCCCAAAACUUUUGCUAUGAACAGGGUGCUACUCUUGCAUUCAUUGAUUCUGAAAAGGACAUGAGCUUUUUAAAACAAUAUGUGGGUAUAACUAAUCAUUGGAUUGGGCUGAAAACUGAAGAUGGUCAGACAUGGAAAUGGUCAGAUGGCAAAGAAUUUAACAACUGGUUCAGCCUCCCAGGAUCUGAGAACUGUGCAUUUCUGAAUAGUACAGGGGUCAGCAGCACAGCAUGUGGAAAGAAUUUAUAUUCGAUAUGUAGCAAACCCGCUAAAUAAUGAGGAAACAUAUUUGCUUUUAGACUAUUAUAACAUGGAACUCAAGGAAAUUUGUGUUGAUCGAUGCUGCUCUACGGUCAGAAAUUUUCCACAAAGACUUUCUGAAAAAACUUUGUCUUAUUUUGGAAACCUUCUUCCAAACAAGACUAUGGGAAAAAAGGAAGAGAAAUUCCAGGAAUAUCUGCAUUGUGGAACACUCUUGCCAUGAGCUGAAAAAGUCACAGGUUGACUGAUCGUUACAUCCAAGAAUGAGAAGAACGACUUUAAACCUUAUGGAUGCACUUUAUAUUUUUUAGAAUUAAAAAUAAUAAAAUAACU